AUGAAUGUAGUUAAGAAUGAUGAAAAUGAUCAAUCUGUUGUGCGAAUCUGCACGUUUAAUUUACGCCAUGAUGACAUGGAUCAUAACACACGAAAUGCAUGGGAACAACGACGACCAAUUGUUCACCAGUGUCUUCGGAAUAUGCAACCAACUAUCAUUGGAACACAAGAAGGCAUUCCACAAUAUCACAAUGACAUUCUAGUUGAUCUCAAUCAAAGUGCACAAGUUUGGUCAUACACUGGUGACGAAUUGCAAGAUCCCUGGCAUACAACAAACGCUAUCUACUAUCGACAUGACCUAUUCUCACUGAUUUCGACGAAGACAUUUUGGUUCAACGAACAUCCAUCAACACCGGGCGCAGCUUGGGGCGCGAAAAAUUCGCGCGGUUGUACUCGUGCUCAUUUUCAGCAUAAAGUUACACGACAUCCCUUCAUUGUCUACAAUCUCCACAUCGAUUAUCCAUCUCAAAAUGCUCGACAUCAUUCCAUACCUGUGCUUCUUUCCCAAAUACAACAAAACGGUGAUCAUAUUGAUCAAGUCAUCGUCACUGGUGAUUUCAAUAAUUGGCCGGAAGAAAUCGAAGGCAUAACUCCUCUCGAUAAGCUCAUUGUUUUAGGACAAAAUGCCUCAGAAAUUAAACAGAUGAAAACUGCUGGGUUCGUUGAUACAUACCAACAUGGUGAGACGCCAACGUUCAAUGGUUUUCGAAAAGAAGGUUAUGGUCCGAAAAUUGAUUUUAUCUGGAUAUCAUCGAAGAGUGUGUUUUCUGUCGCAGGUGAAACGAAAGUAGACGAUUAUCACAACGAAUACGGUUCUUUUCCUUCGGAUCAUUUUCCCGUCUAUAGUGAUUUGAUAUACAAAGUAUAG